UUAAAAUGUCAAUUUGUAUUUGAUUACUUUUUAUUGCGCUUGUGAGAUCACACGUGUUGUAACGUAUUUGUUAGAAAUUCAAAAAAUUUAUGUUUAAUAGUUAUUUGUGAUGGAAUCAAGUGCAAGAGUAACUAGAUCUUUGAGACGCCGCCUUAAUUCAAUUGAUGUGGAUAUAAAUAGUGGCUCUUCCCAAACAUCAGAAAUUCAAUUUUUAAAAGAAGAUAUCCUUAAAACUCCAACUCGUAAGAAUUUACUGAGUGAAGAAAUUAAAUCCGAAACUCCCGUUACGGAGAAAACAUCCGUUACACGCUCUGGACGUCGCAGAUCAAUUGAUGUAAACUCAUCACCAGCUUUAACGGGAACUCCUCUUAGAAGAACUCGCAGAAAUAGUACAUCUUACACCGAUGAGCAAAAUGAAAAUAUUAGUUCAGCAAAAAAAAACCUUCAAAGAAGUUUAAUACCAGAUAUAGCCGAAGAAAAUGAGCAGCUCGCUAUAGAUAAUGGCAAAGAUAAUGAAACGAAACAAAAAUUAAAAAAGGUUCUUAUUAAAGUAGAAAAAUUAAAGAAUCUAAAAAGCAAAUCUACAAAUAACUACGAUCAGGAUGAAACUUUAUCUAAAACGAGUGAAGAGGAGCUUUCUAUGUCUGAAAAAAAUAUGUCAUCACCUAAAAUAUCAGAAGAAAAUAAUGUUAAUUACAAUAAAGACUUUAUAACCAAUGAAAUGAAUAAUACAAAAGAACUGGAAACAACUUCAAAUGAAACAAAAACUGGUGAGAAAAAUGAAGAAAAUGAUGAUUUAAUGAAUAAAACAACUUUCGAAAACAAAGAAUCUGUUGAUGUUGAGACUUCUAUAUCAAAUUCAAACUCUUCAAUAAAAUUGCAGCAAAACAUGUCAAUUUGUGAAAGCCCUGGAACAAAAAGUAGAGAUUUUGCAUCGAAUACUGCGAGUAAAAAGGUUUCGUUAAAUAAAGAAAAUUCGUUUUCAAGCAAAGGAACUGCAGACUUAUCUUAUGAGAGCGAAGAAGUAGUUCCAUCGUCACAGCUCGGUCAAAAGAAGCAUGAUAAAUUUUCAACUGAAAGCAAUUUUAAUGUCGAAAACAAUGAUUAUUCUAAAGAGAAUGAAGAAAACGGGGAGCAGACUAAUAACUUCAACAAAAGUUCAACUCUAAAAGAUAUAACUCUUACAAACCGUUUAGAUAAGAAUACAAGUAGUACUACAGAUAUUACGGAAAAUAAUAUAAGCAAAAGUUUUGCAUUUAAACUUUCAUCUCCCGAAUUUGGAGAUAAAUCUGUAAACUCUAAUCAACACAACGAAAAGAUACUUGUAAGUGAACAGAAUCAGGUAAAAGAUAAAAAUGAAACAGAUAUUAAAAUGAAAAGUGUCACAUUUAAUGAUAGUGGCUCAAAUUCUGAAAGAGAUAAUAGUAAAUUUCGCAAGACACCAAUAGCAUGCAGAAAUAAAAAUAUAGUUCUAGAUAGAAGUACAAACUCUGAAAAUAAUGAUAGCCCUACAAAAUUAAAUACUCUUGAAAAUUAUAAGAUAACCAGCAACCAUGAGAAAUUACAAAGCUUGUUUGAUAAUAUGAACACCUCAAAAACAAUACCAGAAAGCCCAAACAACGUGAAAAAAAGUUCAAUUGCAAGUAGUACACCUUUAAAUACCUUAAUUAGUGUUAACUCAAAAAAGAAAACUAACCUUUUAUCAGAAUAUAAAAUUGAGAAUAUACAGGAAACCAACAAACUUUCUAAAUCAUGGUCACAGUCUGUAAAAGGUACUUCAAAAGACAAAAUUGAUAAAUUCUGUAUUAGCCUAGAAGAAAAACUAAUUGUUCCUAAUAAUUCAAAAAUUGGAAAAAAAUCAUGGAAACAAAAGAGCACUGAAUUUGAUGAUGAAAAUGAAAAUUCCAAAGAUACAGAAAAGGAUGACAAAAAUGUUUUCAUAGAUGAUGAAGCUGUUGAAAGUAGUAAUGAAGGUUCUUUAAGUGAUGAAGAACGUCAAUAUUUAGAAGAAAAUGAAAUUCAAGAGAGGGGUAUAAGUUUAGGAAGUGAAGAUACAACACAAUCAAGUAGUGAAGAUUCGGCUGAGGAGGACGAUUCUUUUAUUGAUAAUGAAGAAAAUAAUGAAUUAUUAUCCACAGAUCCAGAAGAAUAUUUAUUAAAUUCACCUUCCAAAGGCAAGUUAUACAGAAAAAAUAAAUUCAAAAAUUUUGGAAAAAGUAAUGAAAGUUCUGAGAGUGAGGAAAUCUUACCUCAUAUUGAAAAAUCUUUAAAUAAAUCGAAUAACGACAUUCAAAAUCGUACAAAUAGUGCGAAAAAAGAUAAAACUUCUGGAAAGUGGAAUGACAGUAGUAGUAAAAAUUCAGAAAAUAAAGAUUGUUUUGAUGAGAAUAAUAUUAAAACAGGGGAAGAGGUAAAAGAAGUUGAACUUGGAAAAAAUUCUCGAAAAUCUAGCAAUGUUAACAUUACAGAAGAAAGUUUUAAAGAAAAUUUGAACGCAAAAGAUCGCAAAACUCCUUCAAAGUCCCCAAAAACAACAAAUGAUUCCAAACUAAAUAAGUUUAAUGAAUCUUUGAAUAAUAAUGAGGGAUUGACAGGAUUGACAUUAGAUGUUACUAAAUUUGCAGAUCAAUCUUCAAGUGAAAGUGAAGAAGAAAAUAUAAAUUUUUGUGAUAAGGAUAAUAAGUUAAACAAAUCGAAAAAUACUUCUACCCUUAAAAAAAUUGAUAUUAGUAUGGAAAAUGAAAUUGAUAAGAAAAAAGAAGUUAGCUCUGAAACUGAAUUUCAUAGCGAAAAGGAAAGUAGCAGGGAUUCGAUUUUAACAACCAAUUUCAAAGAACAGAAGGAAGUAAAUGAGAUCAAAAAUAGUUCUUUAAAUUUAAAUUUUAAAUCACAUGAUUUAAAUGUAAGAGAAGCAACCGAAAAUAACACUAAUUCUGAAAAAUCUAAUUUAAACAACGCAAAAGAAAGCCCCGAUGAAGAUAUUGAUUUGCAUUCUUCAUAUAUGGAGGAGCUGAAAAUUACAAAUGAGACUUUAUCGGUUUCAAACAUUUGCAGAAAUUCUGAAUCUGACAAUAAAAUUGAACAGAAGUUAACGAAAAAAUUAUCUAAUACAGAAAGAAAUGAUGACCAAAAAGAAAGUAAACAGGCUUCUUUUCUCGAAGAAAAUAAUAUUAAAAAAACUGAGGAAAUGGACAAUUCAAAAAGCGCAAAUAUAUCUCAUAUUCUUAAACGAUGCAACGAUAUUUUACAUGCCGCUUAUGAGGCAAAAUUACAAAGUAAAAAAAAAAAGAAGAAUGAAUUGAAAAGUAAAGCAAAAACAAACAGAAAAUUAGAGGAAACAAAAGAGAACGAAAAAGUUAGUCUUAAGAAGAUGCUAAAUAAAAGAAAUAUAUUCAAUAAUUUAGCUAUUUCCAAAGGAAUACAGCACGCAGCUGUUCUUUUGAAUAAAGCUCGUGUUUCUAACGAGAAUAUUAAAAAGGAAAAAAUGCUUCCUAUGGAGGUUAUAGAUGCCAUUUCAAAGAAAGAAAUCGUAACAGCAGUAAAGACACAAAAAAGAAUGAAAAAUGAAUUAAAAAGAAAGUAUGAAACGGACCAAGAAGAUGAAAAUAAUAAAAUUAAUAUUAAAAAAUAUAAAGUAAACAGUUCUCAAAAAUCUAAGUUGAUUCCCACACCAUCUGGAAUAUUCGUGGAAGAACCGAUAACUCCCAGAAAAAGAAAAAUUUCUAAGAUAGAAUUGCCUACGGGUACAGUUUAUGAAGAACCUGUAACACCUACCGCUUCAAAACAAAAAAGUGGAUUCAUUGAAAGCCCUAUUACACCUUUAGGAUUUAAAGUCCGUAAUAUUCUUUCUGCGGGUCAAAAAGAAAUUCCUGAAUUAAAAUUGAAUAAAAAGUCGAAGCGUAAAAUUAUUGAUGAGCCAGUUAAUGUUUUACCAAAAACUGUAUGGUCCAGUUCCGGUGAAUUUAUUGAAGAAACCUAUAAUCCAAUAAAAAACCAAAAUGAGACGGUUUUCACAGAAUUUUAUGCCGUUCCUAUUAAAACUAAAAAAAUUAAAACUACCCCAUUUGGGUAUGGGAUUAUAAAUGAAAAAGUUAUACAAUUUAAACAACAGGCAUUAUCCUCAACAAAUAAUUGCAGGGAAACAUCAAAACAAUUAUUGCAGCGAAAAGAGCGUUCUAAAUUUUAUUAUAAAUAAAAUGUUUUUGUAUUUUUAAAUGUUUAAGAAUGAAAUUAAGUUUUUAUCAUUAUUUAUGUAUUUUAUCGAAACUUAUAAUUUUGUAACAAAGUUUUUGUUUUCAGAGAAAUGAUAUAAAAUAUAAAAUGUUCAAUUAAAAAUAUUUUGAUUGAGUUA